ACCCAGGCUGUGGCAGGACUCUACACUAUAAAAACCUCUGUAUGUAGAUGAACAGCAGCUCUAAGGCACCUCAGACUUUACAAGGCAACAUGCUGAGAAUCUGUGUGGCCCUCUGUGUUCUGGCAACAUGCUGGGCACAGGACUGUCAGGUUUCAAACAUUCAGGUCAUGCAGAACUUCGACAGAAGCAGGUAUACUGGUAGGUGGUAUGCUGUGGCCAAGAAAGAUCCUGUUGGUCUGUUCCUCCUGGACAAUGUUGUUGCUCAGUUCUCAGUAGAUGGAAGUGGCAAAAUGACUGCAACUGCCCAGGGAAGAGUUAUCAUCCUUAACAACUGGGAAAUGUGUGCCAACAUGUUCGGCACCUUCGAGGACACUCCAGACCCUGCCAAGUUCAAGAUGAGAUACUGGGGCGCUGCUGCAUACCUCCAGUCUGGAAACGAUGACCACUGGGUCAUUGACACUGACUACGACAACUAUGCCAUCCACUACUCCUGCAGAGAAGUUGACCUGGACGGCACCUGCCUGGAUGGAUACUCCUUCAUCUUCUCCCGCCACCCUACCGGUCUGAGGCCUGAGGACCAGAAGAUUGUCACCGACAAGAAAAAGGAGAUCUGCUUCCUCGGCAAAUACAGACGUGUUUCACACACUGGUUUCUGUGAAAGCAGCUGAUCUGGAACUAGUCAGAUGGAUAUCAUGGGUGUAAAAUUCCACAUAUCAGAAUCAGGCUGUAAAUAUAAACCAUGUUCCACAACAAAAACAAACCAACCGUCACUGGCCAGCCACUUCCAGCAGUUGGGGAACUUUGCCGUUACCAAAGACAGCCAUCAACCAACCAAAUGAUUUGUAUCCGAAUGUAUCAGGAAGGAUAUAGGAUACUUUACUGAUUGACAUUGUAUGAUGUAGUCUUGAAUUACUUUUUGAAAUAAAUAGAAACACAAUGGUACUA